AAACCACGUUUUCUUGCGAAACUGGAGAGGGUUUUACCAUACCUAAUAAGAAUGGGUAAAAAGAAGUCAUCUCAAAACAAAGCGAAACAACAAAAAAAAGACCAAAAGGUUAAAGCAGAUAACCAGGAAAAAAAAACUUCCAGCAAAAAUUUUUGUUCCUCACGUGAAUCUUUAUUAAAUAAAGGUAAUUUUCCUGCUAACCUACAAUCUCAAUGCAAAGAGAUUACGUCUGCUCCUGAAGACAAGCUUCAUAAAAUUGAAAACCAUUUUAAAUCAGAUAUAAUAGAAAGCAAAUGCAUAGAUAGUUUAAAUGACAAGAAUGUUUACAAAUCUGAUGAUAAAACUAUCUCUAAAAGUAAUCAAGAAAAAGUUCAAGAAGAAUCGAAAUCAAAAAAAAAAAAAAAAAUCGAAAAACAAACAAGCGAUUGUUCUAUCAGAAGAAGACAAAUCUUUAAUUACUUCUGUUUCUGAAGACAAGAUUACAUCGGUUUCUGAAGACAAGUUUCAUAAAAAUGGUAACCAUUUUGAAUCAGAUUCUAAAGAAAGCAAAUGCAUUGAUAGUUUAAAUGACAAGAAUGUUACCAAAUCUGAAGAUAAAGCUGAUGUUUCUAAAAGUAAUCAAGAACAAGUUCAAGAAGAAUCAAAAUCAAAAAGAAAAAAAAAAUCAAAAAGAAAAAAAACAAGUACUCUAUCAGAAGCAGACAAAUCUUUAGUAAAUAUUACUUCUGUUUCUGAAGACAAGAUUACAUCGGUUUCUGAAGACAAGUUUCAUAAAAAUGGUAACCAUUUUAAUUCAGAUACUAAAGAAAGCAAAUGCAUUGAUAGUUUAAAUGACAAGAAUGUUACCAAAUCUGAAGAUAAAACUGAUAUUUCUAAAAGUAAUCAAGAACAAGUUCAAGAAGAAUCAAAAUCAAAAAGAAAAAAAAAAUCAAAAAGAAAAAAAACAAGUACUCUAUCAGAAGCAGACAAAUCUUUAGUUUUGCCUGCUCCUGAAGACAAACUUCAUAAUCAUUUUGAAUCAGAUACUAAAGAAAGCAAAUGCAUUGAUAGUUUAAAUGACAAGAAUGUUUACAAAUCUGAAGAUAAAACUGAUAUUUCAAAAAGUAACCAAGAACAAGUUCAAGAAGAAUCAAAAUCAAAAAGGAAAAAAACAAGUACUCUAUCAGAAGAAGACAAAUCUCUAGUAAAUAAUGUGCUUGUUGCUGGAGGUGAGCCUCAUGAAAAAAAAAACUAUUCUGAUUCAGAUGAAUACAAAAACAUCAAUGGUUCAACAAAUAUGAAUCCUUACCAAGCUGAUGGUAAAACUGGUGUUGAUAAAGUUAUUCAAGACCGUGCUCAAGAAAAAAGUAAUAACAGUAAUAGUUUUUAUUCAACAAAAGAUGGCCGGUUUCCAGAAAACUUGGUAAAUUUAGUUAUGAUUUUAUUGAUCAACUCUAUUUUGUAAAUUACAUGUCAAGAAUGCUGAUAUUAAUAG